AUGGAUGGUUGUCUAGAACGUGUACCGUUUGUUUCUCUGAUUGCAUUCAUUUUGGUCGUGUGUGGUUCGGGGAUCAUGUGUGGGACGAACUUCGAAGCUCUAAAACGUAUAGACGACUUUUUCGAAAACAGGUUUUACCCGAUAGACGAACCGAAAAUGUUUCAAACAUUGGGAAUAAUGGUGUGUGUUGUAACCAUGAUCUUUGGCAUCAUAAAUGUUGUCGUAGGAGCGGUCACAACGGGUGACACACGCUCAAAAUUCUAUCCCAACAAACAUUGCAUUUUAUACGGUCGUCGUUCUUCACGAUUUUUGUUGGGGUUGGCCUACUUGGCUACAUUCAUUUGGCUUCUUAUUUUUGUCACUUUGUCUAUACCGGUCUUUCUUUGGGUAAUGGUACAUAUUGUAUGUAGAGAAGAAACAGAUUAUUGGCGUAGUAUUAGUACGAAUAAAGAUGAAAGAGAUUUCACGUAUACAUUUAAUCUCACACAUUAUGGCCUUUAUCAUAGACCAUUAGAUACUAGUCUAUGGAGUGAAUACGUAAAUUCACCCAGCGCAUUUACACAUUUAUGUCAACAGACCUCCACUAUUGGACCAUUGUUUGCAAGCGCUUUAAUUGCUUGUUUCUUGGUGAUUCUUGGUUUGAAUACUUUCAUUGCCUGUCUAUCUACGGCUUCUGUGAGACUGCAGUAUUUUUAUGAAAUCGAUCGUUAUCGAAAAUUAGUCAACUCGUCACCUCAAACAGAUCCUACUUGCUUAGAAGAAUAUUCUCUCCAACCUUUGCUACAACAACCUCUGUCUAUGCAGUCUGCCGGUUCGUGUAUCAAAUCAAAUACUUUACACUUUCCUCACGAUAAUUUAAAUACUCUAUCGCCUUUCAUGAACUCCACACCAACAGGCAUGGGUCUCAUUUCUAGUCCUAACAUCUUCAAUGAAACACAGAUGUCUCAGCAAUUUUACUCUCAUAGACCCAUGAGACACUCUACUUACUCACACCGAUCAACUAUUUUGAGCAACAAUUACUAA